AUGUCGCCUAAAUACGCCAAAGACAAGCCAGCCGGUUUCGUCAACCGCAUCGAGAAAGUUGCUAUCGUGGGCGCUUCUGGAAGUAUAGGCCGCUACUUCGUCAAAGAGCUUCUCAAGACUGGCAAACACACAGUCACGGCCCUCACCCGGCAGGGCAGUACAAACAAGCUCCCGGAAGGCGUCCACCCUGUGGCUAUCAACUACGAUGACGAAGCCACAAUCGUCGACGCCCUCAAGGGCCAGCAGUUCCUCAUCAUCACCCUCGCCGUCACCGCGCCCGAGGACACGGAGUCGAAGCUCAUCCGCGCCGCCGCAAAGGCGGGUGUCCCCUUCGUGAUGCCCAACGCGUAUGGGCCGGACCCCACCAACGACAAGAUGAUGACGGAGAACCUGAUCGGGCUGCCCUUCCAGCAGGCCAGGGGGGAGAUCGAGAAGCUCGGCGUGAGCAGCUGGGUGGCCUUCGGCUGCGGCUUCUGGUACGAGUGGUCCAUCUUCGGCAGCGCGGACUGCUUCGGGUGCGACCUCAAGAAGCGCGAGAUGACCUUCUUCGACCAGGGCGGGGAGAGGAUCUCCACCUCCACCUGGGCCCAGUGCGGCCGCGGCCUCGCGGCGUUCCUGGGCCUCAAGGUCUACCCCGAGGACGAGGGCGACAAGGCCCCCGCCAUCAACAACUGGGCAGGCAAGGCGCUGUAUGUCGACAGCUUCACGGUCAGCCAGAAGGAAAUGUUUGAGAGUGUCAAGAGGGUGACGGGUACGAAGGACGAGGACUGGAGGAUCGGGUAUGAGGGAUCCGAGCAGAGGUUCAGGGAGGGCCAGGAGGCGAUGAGGAAGGGUGACAGGGGUGGCUUUGCGAGGCAGAUGUAUGCGAGGAUCUUCUACCCUACGGGUGAAGGGGACCACACCCGCCUCGGCCUCGCGAAUGGGGCGCUUGGAUUGCCCAAGGAAGACAUUGAUGAGGCUACAAAGGGUGCUCUUGUGCUGUUGGAUCAGGGCGUCCUUUCCUACGCGUAG